GUGGGCUCGUUCCUGCGCUACAUGGCGCAGUUCGCAGGCGGGUUCAUCAUCGCAUUCCUGGCGGGCUGGCAGCUGGCGCUGCUCAUGCUCGCCACGCUGCCUCUUCUCGCAGGAGCGGGCGCCAUGAUGGCACUGCUCAUCUCCAUCUCCUCCUCCAAGGGGCAGGUUGCUUACGGCGCUGCUGGGGUUAUCGUGGAGGAGUGCGUCUCUGCCAUUCGCACGGUGGCGGCAUUCACGGGCGAGCACAGGGCAGUGCAGCAGUACGCAGGCAAGCUCCACAGGGCGUUCCGAGAGGGCGUGAAGCAGUCAGUGGCAGCGGGGGCGGGGCUGGGCCUCACGGUGUUCAUCAUGUUCUCCUCGUACGCGCUCGCGCUGUGGUACGGCUCCAAGAUGAUCGCCGAUGCCGGCUACACAGGAGGCGACGUCUUCACCGUGCUCUUCGGUGUUAUUAUCGGCGGCGUAUCUCUGGGACAGGUGGCACCAGAAGUGACAGCCUUCGCCUCAGGGCAGGCAGCAGCGGGGAAGAUAUUUGAGGUGUUGGAGAGGCAGCCAGUGAUAGACAGCAGCAGCGACGAGGGGGAGCGCCCAGCGGUGUGCGAGGGGGCGCUGGAGCUGCGCGAGGUGACGUUUGCGUACCCGUCGCGCCCAGACGUGCCCAUCUUUGAGAGCUUCAGCCUGGCGGUGCCGGCGGGGCGGACCAUGGCGCUGGUGGGGGAGAGUGGCAGCGGCAAGUCGACGGUGGUGGCGCUGGUGGAACGCUUCUACGACCCGCAGAGCGGAGCCGUGCUGCUGGACGGCCGCAGCAUCGGCGCACUCAACCUGCGCUGGCUGCGCCAACACAUGGGCCUCGUCAGCCAGGAACCCGCACUCUUCGGCACGAGCAUCCGCCAGAACAUCGCUUAUGGCAAGGACGGCGCCACCCUCGAAGAGAUUCAAGAGGCCGCUCGCCUCGCCAACAUCCACCACUUCAUCCAGUCGCUGCCUGACGGCUACGAGACGCAGGUGGGGGAGAGGGGCACGCAGCUGUCGGGGGGGCAGAAGCAGCGCGUGGCGAUCGCGCGGGCGAUUCUGCGGAAUCCGCGCGUGCUGCUGCUGGACGAGGCGACGUCGGCUUUGGACGCGGAGAGCGAGCAGGUGGUGCAGGGCGCGCUGGACGCGCUCAUGGGCGCGCGCACCACGCUCGUCGUCGCGCACCGCCUCUCCACCGUGCGCCGCGCGCACUGCAUCGCCGUGCUGCAGAGGGGGCGCGUCGUGCAGACCGGCACGCAUGCUGCCCUACUGGCCGACUCCCAAGGCGCCUACGCCCAACUCGGGGGGAAGGGAGGGAAGACAGGGAAGGCAGGGAAGGGAGAGGUCCAUCCUGGGAACGAUGCAGGGGAAGAGGCAGGCGCGGAGGAUAAGGAGGAUGAGGAGGAGGAGAAGGAGAAGAAGCAGAAGAAGCACACGUCGAUCAUGCGCUUGGCGACCCUCAACAAGCCCGAGUGGCCGUACGCACUCAUAGGCACCAUCUUCGCAGCAUGCUACGGGUUUAUCAUCCCCUUCUUCGCUCUCAUCCUCUCCAACAUCAUCACCACGUUUUACCAACCCGACCUCGCCAAGAUGCGCAGCGACGCGGACUUCUGGGCAUCUCUCUUCGUGGUUCUCGGAGCAUCCGCAUGCAUCACCUCCUUCUUCCAGUACAUGUUCUUCGGCGUCGUGGGCAACGCGCUGAUCCGCCGCGUGCGCAUCAUGUGCUUCGCGGCAGUUCUGCGGCAGGAGAUAGGGUGGUUUGACAUGGAGGAGAACUCCAGUGGGGCCAUCGGCGCCCGCCUUGCCACCGAUGCAGCGCAAGUGCGCAACAUGGUGGGAGAUCAACUAGCCUUGAUCGUGCAGAACACCGCAACGCUCUGCACCGGCUUGGUUAUCGCGUUUCGAGCAAACUGGCAGCUGUCGCUGCUGGUGCUCGCUCUGAUACCGCUUCUGGCGGUCGCGGGGACAAUGCAGAUUCGGGCGAUUCAGGGGUUUGCGGAUGAUGCCAAGGAGCAGUUCGAGGAGGCGUCGCGGGUGGCGAACGACGCGGUGAGCUCGAUCCGCACGGUGGCGGCGUUUGGAGCGGAGCAGCGCGUGCAGGAGCUGUACAACGAGCGCUGCAGCACGCCCAUCCAGGCCGGCAUCCGCAAGGCCCACGUCAGCGGCGCGGGGCUGGCGUUUGGGCAGUUCGCCAUCUUUGCCGUGUAUGCGCUGUCGUUCUGGUUCGGAGGGAAGCUCGUGGAAUGGGGCCAUGCGACGUUCACUGAUGUCUUCCAGGUGUUCUUCGCCAUAGCCAUGUCAGCAAUGAGCGUGGCAAAGCAGUCCGCUCUAGCCCCCGACAUGGCCACAGUGCAGACAGCAGUGAGCUCCAUCUUUCGCAUUUUGGACCGCCAGUCAAAGAUCGACCCGGAGGCAGGAGUGGAGGAGCUCGAGGAAGUGCGGGGCGAGGUGCAGUUUCAGUCCGUGUGCUUCGCAUACCCGGCUCGCCCCAGCGUUGUUGUGCUACAGGAAUUCAACCUGCUCGUUGCUGCAGGCGAGACGGUGGCGCUGGUGGGGGAGAGUGGCAGCGGCAAGUCGACGGUGGUGGCGCUGGUGGAACGCUUCUACGACCCACAGAGCGGAGCCGUGCUGCUGGACGGCCGCAGCAUCGCCGCUCUCAACCUGCGCUGGCUGCGCCAACACAUGGGCCUCGUCAGCCAGGAACCCGCGCUCUUCAACAUCUCCAUCCGAGACAACAUCGCCUACGGCCGCGCCGGCAGCGGUGGCGCCACCGGCGGGGAAAUCAGCGAGGCGGAGAUUGUGGAGGCGGCCCGGGCGGCGAAUGUGCACGGGUUCAUAUCGGGGCUGCCGCAGGGGUACGACACGCUGGUGGGGGAGAGAGGCGUGCAGAUCUCCGGCGGGCAGAAGCAGCGCAUCGCCAUCGCUCGUGCCAUCAUUGGUGACCCGCGCCUGCUGCUGCUGGAUGAGGCCACGUCAGCUCUGGAUGCGGAGAGUGAGAAGGUGGUGCAGACAGCACUGGAAAAGGAGUUGACAAUGGGCCCGGUAACGCGACAGAGAAGUACCUAUGCGGCCAUUGCGGGCGCGACACUGAUCCUGGUUAUUUUUCAGGCGUGCACGUCUGUUGCAUUCGGUCAGACUCUACACGUGGGUGUACAGCCAUUGCAGGGAGCUGCUUCCGCCUUCCUCUCCACAGGAGCCGCUAAGCAACAUGCACAAGCCACCAAGCCACCCAUUCAAGACUCCGCCAAGCUACCCACACCGCCUCCCAUGCCCAAAUCCAUCUAUGCUACCACCAAAGCCGCCACCGUUAAGAAGCCUCCACCAUCCGCAACUCCAGUUACAUCGCCACUCAAAACGCCAGCAGCAGUGCCGAAGAGCAAUCCCCCGAUUCCCGUCGCGAAACUGACUGCCGCUUCGCCAGCGAAACCACCGGCAAAACCUCCGGCCAAGCCACCGACCAGACCACCGCCACCCAAGUCUCCCGUCAAGCCAGUAGCAAAGCCGCCGCCGGCUCCUCUCCGGCUGACGCCGAUUGCGGCCGUGCAGCAGCCGCCAUGGCCGUACUCCAGCAUGAAGAACAUUCCCCCUGACGUGCCGCCGCCGCCGUAUCCUCCUGCUCCUCCUGCCCUGCGCGUACCGAACGUGGGAGUGAUCACGAACAUCAUGGACGUGUGCCGCGUGUGCUCCGCGCUGCCGUACGACGGCGCGUGCUACAGCGACUACGUGUCGACGUGCGUGGCGGCCAUGAACCAGCUGCGCCGCAACGUGUGGAAGGUGCCGGACCAGGUGUGCGACUGCUACAGCGCCAUCGCCAGCCAGAUGAUCCGCGUCUGCCCCGGAAUCGACCGCCGCGUCGCCUACAUCCGCAACUGCGACUCUUACUGCUUCUACGGCGCUCGCUGCACGUUUAAUCCAACCCUGUACGCGUUGCUGACGCCCCAACACGUGGUCACCACAGGCAACUCCACUGCCGCCCCGUCCGGGCGCGGAGUGGCAGUACUAGACCUACAGCCCAACAUGACAGCCAUGGCAGGAGUUAACUUCCUCAUCCAGCUCUCCUCCGCACCCGCCGCCUCCUCCCCCUCCUCCACCACCUCCUCCUCCACCGCGCCCACUGGCCCGCUCCAAAUAACGGGUGCUGGGGUCUACAACUCAAUAAUGGGCGCGGAAGGGCCGCUGGCACUGCCGCUGCUGGCGGCGCAGGCAAACCAGACGCUGGGGUCGGACGGGACAGGGCGGGUGGACACGGCGCUAGGCCUGCUGCAGCGCGUAACUCUAGAUCCGUAUAGUUACUACGUCCAGGUGGAUACCCCUGCGGGCAGCCUGCGCGGGCAGCUGGUGUUCUCCCCGCACCUGUUCAGCCUUGCGACGUCAAGAAACGUGCCUACGAGCUGCGCGAGCGGGGACUGCAUGGCCAUUGUGGACCUCGACAUCUCGCCCACCAACAUCGUGUACUCAUUCGCGUACUCCUCCGGUGUGGCGGGCAUCAUAGGCGCGUCAGUGAUUCAGGGAGUGGCAGGCUCGUCCGGUGCUCGCCUCUUUGACUUCUUCUGGCCGGGCGCCAACGCGCCCUCCUUCACCAAUGGCAUCACGCCACCUGUCACGGCCAUCCAGUCGCUGCUGACGGCGCCGCAGGCACACUACGUCUACUUCACGACACAGCUCAUGCCAUUCGGUGCGCUGAGGGGCCAGUUCCAGGACACCAUGUACGUGACAGCAGUGAUGUACGGCGCCAGUGUGGUCAACUUCCCCGGCACCACCACACAGGGGCAGGGGUCGGGUGCGGCGGGCAUGGGUUUCUUUGACGCUGUGCUGGGCGGGGGCGGCAUCUGCUACACCUUCCGCUUCUCCUCCUCUGUCAAGACCGACUGCAACUAUGCCUACCUGCACCAGGGCGAGUUGAACAAGCGAGGUCCCAUCUACCUGUACCAGACGCUGCGCAUCAUCCCAGGGCAGCAGCUGUGCGUGCCGGCGGACCCAGACAUCACAGCCGCCAUGGCGCUGCGCCCCCAGCGCUUCUACGUGCAGGCCUACUCCCUGCAGUUCCCCUACGGGGCGUUCCGCGGGCAACUGCACCCGGAUAAGCAGAGCAGUGGGCUGGCUGUCACCUGA